GCCGGGCCGCGGGCGGGCUGUCGGGGGAGGGCCGGCGGGCGCGCAGCGCGGCGGGCAGCCAUGAUGGAAGGCUCGGACGACGGCCCAGAUUUCCUCUCGGAGGAGGACCGAGGUCUUAGAGCAAUAAAUGUAGAUCUCCAGACUGAUGCUGCUCUGCAAGUGGAUAUCUCAGAUGCACUCAGUGAGAGGGACAAAGUGAAAUUCACUGUUCAUACAAAGAGUUCCUUACCAAAUUUCAAACAAAGCGAAUUUUCUGUUGUCCGGCAACAUGAAGAGUUUAUUUGGCUUCAUGAUUCUUUUGUUGAAAAUGAGGAUUAUGCUGGCUAUAUUAUUCCACCAGCACCACCCAGGCCUGAUUUUGAUGCCUCAAGGGAGAAAUUGCAGAAACUUGGAGAAGGGGAAGGAUCGAUGACUAAAGAAGAAUUCACCAAGAUGAAACAAGAACUGGAGGCUGAGUAUUUGGCAAUAUUCAAGAAGACAGUUGCAAUGCAUGAAGUAUUUUUGUGUCGUGUGGCAGCACAUCCUAUUUUGAGAAAGGAUUUAAAUUUCCAUGUAUUCUUGGAAUAUAAUCAGGAUUUGAGUGUUCGUGGGAAAAAUAAGAAAGAGAAACUUGAAGACUUCUUUAAAAAUAUGGUUAAAUCAGCAGAUGGUGUCAUUGUUUCAGGAGUAAAGGAUGUGGAUGACUUCUUUGAACAUGAAAGAACAUUCCUUGUAGAAUAUCACAACAGAGUUAAAGAUGCCUCUGCCAAAUCUGAUAAAAUGACAAGAUCACAUAAAAAUGUGGCGGAUGACUAUAAUAGAAUUGGUUCUUCAUUAUACUCAUUAGGAACACAGGACUCCACAGAUAUAUGCAAGUUUUUUCUGAAGGUAUCAGAGUUAUUUGACAAAACAAGGAAAAUAGAGGCCCGGGUAUCUGCUGAUGAAGACCUUAAACUUUCUGAUCUUCUGAAAUACUACCUAAGGGAAUCUCAAGCUGCUAAGGAUCUCUUAUAUAGAAGAUCUAGGUCACUAGUGGAUUAUGAAAAUGCUAAUAAGGCAUUGGAUAAAGCAAGGGCAAAAAAUAAAGAUGUACUGCAAGCAGAAACUACUCAGCAAAUAUGCUGUCAGAAAUUUGAGAAAAUUUCUGAAUCUGCAAAACAAGAACUGAUAGACUUUAAGACAAGAAGAGUUGCAGCAUUCAGAAAAAAUCUGGUGGAACUAGCAGAACUGGAAUUAAAGCAUGCUAAGGGUAACUUACAGCUGCUGCAGAGCUGCCUGGCAGUGUUAAAUGGUGACACAUAAGCUACUCCAUCCUCCCACUGACAAGGGCUGCCCUCCUCUGGAUUUUGUUUUCAUGACUUUAAAUAGGCAUUUACAGUUCCCUGGAGAAACAUUUGACAAAGUGCAUAUAAAGCAAGCUCCUCCUUUCAAAGGAUUUAAACACCUGAAAGUAGCUCCAGACUAUAUGAAGCAACAGCAUACUUGUUAUACAUACAUAUUCAUGUUUAUUUAAUCAUUAUAUGCUUUCAUUGUUCAGAAACCAAAUGCUCAUUUUUUGUGAAAAUAGCCAAUAUAAUUAUGUUCAUGUUAUGAAUACUAUGAUACAGCUGCCAAUCUUAUUUACCUUUGUAAGUACUUUCUGAAGUUAACCAUUUGAAGCGUUCAAAUGGCCUAAAUAUUACCAUUAGAUAUUUGAAUAUUGUUACUAUAAUGGCAUUGUAUACACUGUCUUAGUUUGUUUGGAUUUUUUUUCCAUGUACUGAUAUCAGAAAACUUAUUUUUUUUUUUUCAAUUGUGAACAUUUCUUAGAAAUUUUGGAGAACUUUGUGUAACCUUUAUAACUAUGAUUUAAAAAGAAAAGCAAAUGCGUUAGUAUGUUUGCCUUAACUUGUAGACUAAUCCAAUUAUUGUAAAAUAAACCAUGAAAUCAAUGAUUUUUCUAAAAUUAUGCAGACAUUGUAUCAUCUGUAAGCUUAAUAUUUUCUAGUAAAUCAGAUUAAUUUAAUUAGCUUUUUCUCUAUUCAUCCUGUAAAACCAUUGAGCAAGUAUUGGAUUGGUCUGACACUACUCGCCCAGUAAUUUUUCACUUGCAUUCUCAGGUUUAUCUGUUUGUCUGUGAUUUUCCUGUCCAGUAUACUUAAAAUUCUUUUGAGCUUGGUGGCUGACUGCAAUUUCUUUCGCAGAAUUUCGUUGGCUUUUCAGAGAACUUCUUGGGUUUCUUUCCAGAAAGGGGAAAUAAAGUAGCAGAAAGGAGUUCAGAAAAUGAGUAAGAUACUGAUGAAAGGUAAUACUGCCCCACUUCGGUACAAGUAAGGAGCUUUGCUUCAGAACAGAAGUGAAGGUAUUCAGUAAAGGAGUGCCUGGAAAGGAUCUCAUUCUAACAGGACUUAAAGCUAUCAAUCUGGUUUUUAUCUGUUGUAUUGCUUUGUCUCUCUUAGUUGAACCAUGACACUUUCCAAGAGGUGCUGUUCUGCUGUCUAAUUUCAGGAUGUUGUAAAAUUAGGCUUUACUUGAUCAAUUGCUCUUCACAGUGGGAUUCCUGCUUCGUAUGGGUUUGUAGAUCUUCUAUGGAGCAGCAGAAUUUUGGGUGACUGGGAUGUUUGGAGGUGCAGAUCCAUGUAAGUCAAUGUCUCUGUGAUUACAGACUCCCUGUACUGCCGCAUAGAGGUGUGUGGUUUGGGGAUGUGUUGCUUUUUUUUCCUGAACAGGGUGAACUGCACAGUGUAGUAUGCUUAUUACCCUGCUGCCUUGCACAUCGGAGAGUGUCAGAGGCAGAGAUGUUUCUUAGCUGAACAUGCUGUUUGCCUUGUGCGUCGAGUUGUGUACGCAUAGCCUCAGACUUUGACUACCAGUGCCCAACAGCUAUUAGCAACUCACCUGCUAUAUAUAAUGUUUUCCAGCAAUCGCUACUACACUAAUACUGUGCUGUUCAUCUUCCAAAUAUAACAGGUAUAAUUCCUAAGGAACUCAUCUAUAAAUAGACUAUAAGGGACAAAGAUUACAAUGUACAUACAGUUAACAAAAUUGUAAAUAUUUUAAUUAGGAUGUGGGAACAGUUUUUAGAUUAGUCCUCGCUGUUCAGUGUGACUGGCUCAUUAAAUCUUUUUCAAGCCUCUUGGUA